GCCCAGGACCAUGGCCAGCAGCCCCCUGCCGGGUCCUACCGAGCUCCUGCUGGCGGCGCCGAGCAACGCCUUCGCAGCUGACUCCCUGAGCCAAGCGCAAGCCCCGCCGCCUGCCCCGCCACCGCCGCCGCCGCCGCCGCCCCGCGGCUCCGCGCACGCGGGCGCCAUGAAGCCCAACCAGGUGGGCCAAGUGAUCCUGUACGGCAUCCCCAUCGUGUCGCUGGUGAUCGACGGGCAGGAGCGCCUGUGCCUGGCGCAGAUCUCCAACACGCUGCUGAAGAACUUCAGCUACAACGAGAUCCACAACCGCCGGGUGGCGCUGGGCAUCACGUGCGUGCAGUGCACGCCGGUGCAGCUGGAGAUCCUGCGGCGGGCCGGGGCCAUGCCCAUCUCGUCGCGGCGCUGCGGCAUGAUCACCAAGCGCGAGGCCGAGCGCCUGUGCAAGUCCUUCCUGGGCGAGAACCGGCCGCCCAAGCUGCCGGACAACUUCGCCUUCGACGUGUCGCACGAGUGCGCCUGGGGCUGCCGCGGCAGCUUCAUCCCGGCGCGCUACAACAGCUCGCGGGCCAAGUGCAUCAAGUGCAGCUACUGCAGCAUGUACUUCUCGCCCAACAAGUUCAUCUUCCACUCGCACCGCACGCCCGACGCCAAGUACACGCAGCCCGACGCCGCCAACUUCAACUCGUGGCGGCGCCACCUCAAGCUCACCGACAAGGCCCCGCAGGACGAGCUGGUCUUCGCCUGGGAGGACGUCAAGGCCAUGUUCAACGGCGGCAGCCGCAAGCGGGCCCUGCCCCAGGCCUCGCAGUCGCACCACCACCACCACCACCACCACCACGGCCCGCCCGGAGGGCCUGGGGGCGGCGGCGGCGGGGGGGCGGGCGGCGGAGGGGGCUCCUCGGCGCCCCACUGCCACCCGCUGGGCUCCGUCAAGGCCGCCGUGGUGGGCGUCGGGGGCGGCCUGCUGAGCCCCCACCUGCUGGCCGCGCCGCCCCCGCCGCCGCCCGACCUCCACCAGAAGCGCGCCCGCUUCGACGACGACGACGACCUCCAGGAAGCGGUGGCGGCGGCCGCGGCGGCCGCAGCCGCAGCAGCCCACGGCGGCGGCGCCGGCAAGGCGGCGCGGAACUACCCGGUCAUCCCGGUGCCCAGCAAGGGCUCGUCUUUCGGGGGCGUGCUGCAGAAGUUCCCCGGCUGCGGGGGGCUCUUCCCGCACCCCUACGGCUUCCCCGCGGCCGCCGCGGCUUUCAGCCUCUGCCACAAGAAGGAGGACGCCGAGGCGCUGGCUGUCGGGGGGCAGGCCGGGCCCGCCGGCCACAAAGCGGCCGCAGGGGGCGCCCCGGCGGCCGGAGCCGGACUCUCGGGGCUCUUCUGGCCGGGCAGCCGCAAAGACGCGGCCGCCGCCGCCGCCGCCGCCGCUUUCUACCCGCCCUUCUGCAUGUUCUGGCCGCCGCGUGCCCCGGGAGGGCUGCCGGGGCUGCCCACGUACCUGCAGCCGCCUCCGCAGCCACCCGGCUGCUCGGCUCUGGCCGGGGAGAGCCCCAGCCUGCUGCGCCAAGCCUUCCUGGACCUGGCCGACCCCGGCGGCAGCGAAGGGGGAGCCGUGGCCGGGCUGGGCACUCCGCCCGCGGCCGCGGCCCCUCAGGCCAGCAGCGGGAGCAGCGGCGGCGGCGGCAGGGACGCGCGGGCCUUCGACGGCGGCGGCGAUCCCGCGUGUUCCCCCGCGGCCGAGGGCGGAGGCUCCCGCGGCCCCGCGGCUCCCCAGCCCCACCUGCUGGAAGGCCAGCCCCGGGGCAAGGGGGCGCCCUCCUACCACCAUUCCAGCGCCUUCCGCCCGGUGGGGGGCAAGGAGGACUCGGAGAGCCUGGCCAAGCUCCACCAUCACCACCAGCCGCGCACCUCCUCCUCGCCCCCGCCGCCGCCGCCGCCGCCGCCUCUCUUGCUGCUGGCCCCCGAGCGGGAGCCCGCGGGCUGCGAUCGCCCCGUCCAGCCGCCGGGGCACCGCCUCCUUUCCCCGGGGGGGACCAGCUGCAGCUACCCCAGCGAGGACAGCAGUGAGGAAGAGGAGGAGGAGGAGGAGGAGGAGGAAGAGGAGGAGGAGGAGGAGGAAGAAGAAGAGCCCGAGGUGGACGUGGAAAGCCACAAGCAACCUGAGGAGGAGGAGGAAGAGGAGGAGGAGAUGGAGGCGGCGGCGGCGGCGGACGGGCGGGGAGAGCCGGAGGCCGCCGUGGGGGCCAGCCGCUACCUCCAGAGCCGGGGACUUUCGGAGAAGGCGGCCGUCCGGGACAGGUCGAACGCUACAGCUGCCUCGGCGGGACCUUACCCUGCGGCCUCUUGCAGGCCGGCUCAAGAGGAGGAGAAAUCGGGGGGCCUCAAUGCCGAGCAGCUGCUGCCCCUUCCGCCGCCGCCGCCUCCGCCCACCUGCCCCCCAAAAGCGGGGAGCAGCGGUGGGAGCAGCCCGGCUCACCAUCCAUCAGAAGAGGAGCAGCCGCCGCCCCCGCCGCCGCCGCCGCCCCCGUACAAAGAUGUCCAGAAAAGCAAAGAAGGAAACCAAGUCGUCGUAUCCACCAAGGAAAAUAAUUUCUCAGAAAAGAACAAGGAACACACUUUUUACAUCACAGAUUCCGAACAUCCAGGAGGAAACUUCUGGAGAAAUAUAGCAGGUGAACCCAUACAGGAAACCAAUCCACCCCAUUCUCUGAAAAAGGAUGUAGAAAACAUGGGGAAAGAAGAACUUCAGAAGGUCUUGUUUGAACAGAUAGACCUGCGGAGGAGGCUAGAACAAGAGUUCCAAGUCCUAAAAGGAACCGCUUCGUUCCCAGUAUUCAAUAAUUUUCAAGAUCAGAUGAAGCGGGAAUUGGCCUACAGAGAAGAGAUGGUUCAACAAUUACAAAUUAUCCCCUAUGCAGCAAGCUUGAUCAGGAAAGAAAAACUUGGCACACAUCUCAGCAAAAGCUAAAAGCAGGAGCACAAGAUCCUCUUGUAAGAUAUAACACCCAUCACUCUGAAUUCAGACUUACCUAAAGACUGAAAAUGGAAGGGCUUUGGGUAGUAAAACAAACAAACAAACAGAAACAUAAGGAAGAAAAAAAAAGGAUCAGGUUCCAUUGAACCUAAGGACAAGUGACCUCAAAGCUUCAUGGACAACCAUGUAAAUUAGAAUGUAGCAGCCAUUUGUUAAUUUAAAAACACAC